CCCUGUGUGUCACUUAAUUACACAGAGUAACAAAAAUGGGCUGAGAAGAGAUGACUUCUGUUUGUUUUUGUAUGCUUAUUGCACGAAUUUAAUGGUAGCAAGGGUGUAAUUUUUCCUCACACGCCUGUCUGGACCGUUACUCUUGUUUGUUGUGGAUCUUCUAUGUAGCAGCUGGGGAAGAGAAAGUUUAAGACAGGAAAGUGUGACUGUAAAGAAAUACUGUUGGGUAGUGGAAAUAAUACUUGAAGCUCAUCUUAAUGCUUCUGUGAAGAACUGGAUUUCAAGUGAAUGUCCCUUUAAUUUAAGGCUGCUAGUAAUGCCAGGAGCUGGUAUUUGCCACUGUGUUGAAUGUGAUUUAGCCGUACUCUUGCUGGCUCCAACAGGGGAAGCACCUCUGAGUAUUAACUAUAACUCAAGGAAGGGGAGAUACAUCUCUAACCGGUGGUUGGAAGGAAGAGGAGAGGAACUGACACACAGGAGUGUUCCAAACAGAGAAGAAAGAUAUGUCUUCAUCAGCUCAACUCUUCAGAGAUCAGAAAUACUAUGAGCUGAAAAGGCAGUGUAUCCAGCAGAGACAGCUCUUUGAAGACCCUGAGUUUCCAGCCUCAGAUGAGUCCCUUUUCUAUCAAUCAGCACCACCAAGGAAAGUUGAAUGGAAGCGCCCAAAGGACCUCUGUGAAGACCCCCACCUGUUUGUGAAUGGAAUCAGCUCCCACGACUUACACCAAGGCACUCUGGGGAACUGCUGGUUUGUGGCUGCGUGCUCCUGCUUGGCUCUGAGGGAGACUCUCUGGCAGCAGGUGAUUCCAGAUUUUAACGAACAAGAGUGGGACCCUAAAAACCCAGAGAAAUAUGCUGGGAUUUUCCGUUUCCGUUUCUGGUGCUUUGGAGAAUGGACAGAGGUGGUUGUUGAUGAUCUGCUGCCAACAAUUGACGGAAGGUUGAUCUACUGCCAUUCCAAUGUAAAAAAUGAAUUCUGGAGCGCAUUAUUGGAGAAAGCUUAUGCAAAGCUGGCUGGAUCUUACGAAGCCUUAGAUGGAGGAAGCGCUGCAGAUGCAAUUGUGGAUUUCACUGGAGCAGUGGCAGAAUCUAUUGAUUUGGUACAGGGAAAAUAUGGUGAGAUUAUUUCUGAACAGAUGAAGCUGUUUGAAGACUUGCUGAAAGUGCAUAAAAGAGGCGGGUUGAUCAGCUGUUCCAUUAUGGCUUCCUCUGGCAGUACCAAUGAAGCGGAGACAGAGAUGGGGCUUGUCAUUGGCCAUGCCUACUCAGUGACUGCAAUUCGGAAGCUGCGCCUUGGAGAAAGGCUCAUAUUCUCUUUUAAGGCAGAAAAGCUGUUCAUGAUCAGGCUGAGGAAUCCCUGGGGAAAAAGAGAGUGGAAUGGUGCCUGGAGCGACAAUUCUGAGGAAUGGAAGAAAGUCAGUGAUUCAGAACGUAAGAGCUUGGGACUCACUCUUGAGAAUGAUGGAGAGUUCUGGAUGACGUUUGAGGACUGGUGUAAGAAUUUCACUGAUGUAGACAUCUGCCGGAUUGUGAAUACCUCCUACUUCAGUAUCCACAAGACCUGGGAGAAGAAAAUGAUGCAUGGGGCUUGGGCUAAGAAUUCAGAGCCCCUACUAAAUCGCUCUGGUGGAUGCUUUGAUAACAAAGAGACCUUCCUUCAGAAUCCCCAGUACGUCUUUGAUGUUAAGAAGACUGAGGACAAAGUGUUGGUCUCAUUACAACAGGAGGAUCGCCGCAAGUACAAGAAAGAAGGGAAAGGAGACAGCAUCCCAAUUGGCUUUGAAAUAUUCAAGGUGGAGGAUAACAGAAACUAUCGACUACACAAGCUGACUGUGCAGGAGAGAGUGGCCACAUCUCUGUACAUCAACACACGCACUGUGUUCUUGAAGAGGAUCCUUAAGCAAGGCCGCUACAUCCUGAUCCCAACCACAUACCAUCCUGGCAUUGUUACAAAAUUUAUCCUGAGACUCUUCACAGAUGUGCCAUCAAAACUCAGGGAGCUGAAGGCAGAUAAACCUAAAAUGACAUGUUGGAGUCUUCUUUGCGGCUAUCCACGCAGAGUCACCCAAAUCAAAGUUUACUCUGCAGAGGGUUUACAGAAGCAAGACAGAUCAGGUGGAGCAGAUCCCUACGUGCUUAUCAAGUGCGAGAACCAAAACAUGCGCUCCCCUGUGCAACACGAUACGACCAGUGCCAUCUUUGACACACAAGUGAUUUUCUACAGAAAGAACAUCGACAGUCCUGUCAUUGUCCAGGUCUGGAACAGCAACGUCUUGUGCGACCAGUUCCUCGGACAGGCGGUGCUGGCAGCUUCACCCAGUGACCCCAGAGAAGAGCAGACUCUGCAGCUCCGAGGGAGAGGCAGCCGAGAAGCAGCGGAGGUGCCAGGUCACAUCACCAUCAAGGUUUUUUCCAGCGAUGACCUCGUGGAGCUAUGAAUACCAAAGCCCCGCAGAGCCAGACAGAGCUGUCACCUCGCAGCAGGGGGGCUUGUCUGUGCUUUCUGUGUGAAUGACUCGGGAGCAAAGGUUGCACAUAAUCAUAAUCGCUUUAAAAAGAAAAAGCCCUCUAACUCUCUCCAUUAUCAUGGAUAACGGGGAGAGAGGCUUUUAAAGAGGGAAAAAAUACAUAUUUAUACAUAUAUAUGUUCAUGAUACAGCAAAUACAGUAGAAGAGGGGCCAAACUAAACAUUAGCAGAUAAGCUCAUUAAGGUGUGACCAUCUUCCACAGCAGCAUCUUUCAGGAGCUCACGGCAUGUAAGCUGGAAACACACGUGACUGUUCUCACAGGUCCCCAGCAUCCAUCCUCGUUGGUGGGACUGGAUGCAGGCAGGAAUGGCUGCAUCUCCUUGGUCACGUAGCAGCAGGCUGGGGGGGUGGCAAGCACCAGGUGGAUCCCCAUGGCUCAGUCCCUUGUUCACUGCCAGGCGGUAUUUGGGAGGGGGAUUAUUUUUAACCUUUGAUUGGAAUUUUUUCCCCCAUAUAGGCAUAUAAAAUUCUUAAUGAAGUUCAUUGCUAUUGCUACAGAUCAGAUGUUUCUGUUCCUUGGCAAAAAUGUCUUGUCUCAGGGAGUUCAAUCACAGGUCAUAGCCUAAAGACCAGGCAUGCCAGCACAACGUUAAAAUAGAAGGGCAGGUCUUGCAGUGCCUAUUUGGACACCACAGCAAAUAAGAGUUUUCCCUGCAAAAGGCUCUCUGAUUGACUUUCUUAUUCUUCUAUUCUCCACCUCAGGCUGAUGACUCACAAGUUGAUAUCUCUGGCCAGGAGAUGGGCACCUCACAAUUCAGCUGUGGUUUUGCUCAGAGGACAAAUUCAGUAAUGGGAGCCUCCUUGCUAAGGAGGCUUUGCCUAAUCCACAUGAUGCUAAAAAUGGAAUAACACUCCUUUUGCUUCAUUAGAUGUGAUGGGUAGCACCAAACUGAAAGAGGACAAGGAUGGGUUUGUAAAACAAAGAUGCUGUGCCCUGGCAGGUAUUGGGUUUCACUCUUGAAAUUUUGCAUCGAUUUAUUGCUGACAAAGCUGAUGUCUUCAAUGAUAUUAACUUGGGUAUAAUGGAGGACAGGUAUCGUUCUACAUUUCCUUCAAAGCAGGGUUCCAGUACAAACUUUCUUUUAACUGUUGUGUACAGCCUGAUGGCAGGGUUUCCUCCUAGCAGACAUUUCUGUGUUGUCAAGCUGUGCAGUGAUUCUGGCAGCCUAAGAGAGGCUCAUUGUGUUAGACCUCUAAGAAAUAGAUUUUAUACGGUUGCAAAUUCUGGUCUUGAAAGUGAAGCUAAAGGAUGACUAUUCUGCCUUUUGUACAGACGGGAAAUUUGGAUUUCUAUGUGCCUCUUAACCACUUCAGCCAUUUUGUGCAAUUUUUGUAGUUCAUAAAAUGGCCCUCAGUAGCCUUAAUGUUUUCACAAAAGGUUUUGGAGUCUCCUCAGGGCUCCAAAAGGAUCGUUGCUGUGGUAGGAAAAUGCUUUUUCUGACAUGUUGGAGAGGGAACACAAGGCUGUGAAUGACAUUAUACUGCCAUCAGCUUAGUUGCACGUACCAAACACCUAAAUCCAGCUCUCCUUUUAAAUAGCUUGGGCUCAAGCCAUUUUGCAUGCAGAACAUUUGUCAGAUGCGAACUACAUGCAGUUGACAGCUCCACAGGCAAGCAUAAUUAUUUUCUGUAAACUUGUAAGUUCAGAGUUGCUUACUCUUAGAUAUGUUUGUAAACUGCAAUUCUUUUAAAAACGCAUGAACUUUCUCAUAUGGACCAGAGCUCAGGCAAACCAAACAGGGAACUGCAAGUCAGUCUGGGCUGUCCUAGUCCUGCACCAAGACCUGUUUGCUUUGCUUUUCCUCACACACUAUUUUAUGCUGUGGUAGCUGCUUCUCAGGGCUAAAACACAUUGGCACACCUUCACCAUACGGGUGGAGAGCACCUUGCUGGAGUUCCAGCGUUGGUUAAAGCCCCACACUGCAACGCGUAGGGCAGCAAUAACCCCCUUUUCAGAUAGGCUUUUCUCCAGGGGCUGUUCCUUAUGAGGUGGGUGCAGUAAGGAGGGGUUGGCUUGGCCAGCUGCUUGAUUUGGGUCAGCGUUUAGCCUGAAAAAGGUUCCUCUCGGAGAUGGCACCCAGCACAGCCAGUCUGCCUUCCCUUCUGUGAACCGAGGCAGCCGGCAGCAGACUGGAGGCUUGUGCCUCCCUGCCCCAGUACUUGCCUGAUUUGAGAGCUUGCCUGAGCUCAGCAAGGGCACAAAGCCAUCUCACCUCCAAGCUGGAGAGGGGAGUCCCUUGGCUGUUUCCUUUGAGCUCCACAGCCCUGGUCUCCAGCUUCCAGCACUGCCACCCCAUGUCAGCAUCUGUGUAAGGGUCAUCCCCAGCGUCAGCGGGGCAGGCGGAGCUUGACCAGCAAUUCUUUGUCAUGUACAGCCUGAUAAGGAGGGAAAUCAGGGUGGAGCGGGUAAAGAUGAUGAUUUUUAGGCCUUGAUAAUUAUGUCAGCUCAAGACAUUCCCACAGUUUGUCCCUGUGGUAUGAGGCCCUUUGAACACUGGUGCUGGCCAGGCUGGAAAUGGAGCUCUGUUGCUCUCUCAGCGUUGCCCUGAGGGUAUCGCAGUCCAGUGCUGGUAGCUGGGGGAGGCUCAGGCAUGCAAAGACCAAGCAUAAUGUCUGCACCUCUGCAUUUAUUAGUUUUUGGAAGGAGUUGGAGCAGGCAGGAUUUUCCCAUCAGCAGGAGCUGAUCCAGCCUGGGUACAGGACUGGCUGUGCUGAUGUACAGAGGCUUCUGGCUUCUCCUUCCACUCAGGCACGUGGGAGAUGGGAGCGAUCCUUGGCGAAGCCAAGGCAAGAGCAGGUUGAAAGGGGCUUACACUGCUGCCUGCUCCCUGCAAGGGAGCCCAGGCUGGGCAGGGGACGGUGCCCGCUGCUCUGCGGGCUCUUUCUCUUGUACAUCUUGCCAUGCACUGAAAGCAAAGCCAGCGCUGUGGGGUUUUGGCACACAGGGGAGCUAAAUGUGGUAUCUUUGAGAUAAGAGGAUUGCCUUUUCAAACAGACCCAGGAAUUUAAGAUCAAAUGUUACCAGAGCUGGGCAGCUUUUUUUAACAAUUAAUGAUAACUUGUGGGAAAAUUGUUUUCUUGUGGGGGACUGCAUUUAUGUACGUACGUGGGCCACCUUCAGCAGAGAGUUUUGGCCCCAGAAAAUUAAAACAGAGGGAAAUAGUUGGAAAAUGUUUCACUUCAACCUUUCUUUACUUUUCAAUAUGAAAUGACCGAAAUAAAAGGCUAACAAAGAAA